AUGGCAGAAGUAGUCGGCGGAAUCUCAGCUAGCCUCCACCUCCUAACCGUCAUAUACAAAUAUGUCGAAGAAUGUAAGGACUACGACCAACAAGCCGCCGAGCUCGCCUUCAAACUCCGAUGGGACGCCAUAGUCAUCAAAAAGGCCUACAACCUGCUGGAAUCUGUGUACAAAGAUAAGCCGGAAUCUCUUUCACCCCAGGAUAAAGAGUUUAUAGAACAGGUCGUUUCGCUCUUAGAACCCGUUAUCACAGAAGCGCAGGAGAUUGGGCAAAAGAUCCAAAGUGAUAACUGGAAGCGGAAAUGGCGGCGGUUUACUUGGGCUUAUGAGAAAAAGAAAUUUCUGGGGAUACAGGCUCGGUUGGAGAGAUGGCAUUCCUCGCUGGAUAUGCAAUUGAUUAGGCUUCCGGAGAGGGUGACUACUCUAGUGGAUCUACGAAAUGUGGAUAUCGAGGCCGAGGCCGAAGCUGCAUUGCAAGACGCUAAACCGACAACAGUGUCUGGCCUCGAGACUAAACCGGCGAAUGGUACCAGUAAAGAUCCCAUUGCCAACCACAGCCCUUUGGAGCCGGCACCUUUAGUCAUCCCCACCCAAGUCUACAACUAUCUAGGCGCGGAAAGGAGCCUUCGCCGUCUAAAUAAGCUCUCCGAAUCACACAGGAUGGAAGUAUUUCAAACUUUACUAGACCCAAAAUUCAAAUUCGAGAUCCCAAACACCUAUCUCAUAUCUUCGAAGGACUCCGCCGCCCGAAAACCUCUGUUGUUGGAAACCUGGAACGGGAAACCCGUACUUAUAGAGAUCAAACGGUUCGACGUUCCGAGCUACCCGCCGCUCACAACUGAAGAUAUUGAAAGGAGAAUAUAUCACUCGAUUGGCCGUUUAGCAGCGGAGCUAAACAGUGUCGGUCCAGAGACGCCAGGGAUCCUACACUGCGAAAAGUACUUUUAUAACCUACAACAUGAAUUCCCACACUGCGGUCUGAUAUACAGCCUUCCAUUCAAAAUAUCUCAACUAGGCCCGAAGACACUCCGCAGCCUUAUACAGUUAGCAAAGAGACCAAAAUAUCCUGUACCAGCCUGCCAUCCCCUUGACCAAAGAUUUUCAUUCGCCCAUAAGCUAGUCAACGCACUCUCUUUCCUCCACUCCGUGGGUUGGGUCCACAAAAACAUAACUUCAAAUAACGUUAUCGUCUUGGAGCGUUCGAAUACGCUAGAUUCCGAGAGGUUCCCUUACAGCCUUGAUCAGCCGUAUAUAGUAUCUAUGGAAGAAGCGAGAGAAGAUACAGACGCAACAACGAUGCACUUCUUUCAGUUGGCGCCGAUAUGGAAUGUCAAUCUGUAUCGACAUCCAGAGAGACAACUUGGAAGCAAGAACCCUAAGGCUUAUACAUUUUACCACGAUCUUUACGGUAUUGGAGUAGUAUUGUUGGAACUAGGCCUUUGGAGGAUACUUGAGGAGAGCGAAUCGUUGAUCAGCAAAUAUAAUUUGAGGAAUAUACACGGGGAAUCCGUCACAAACGCUCUCUUAAAAAUUACUGAUCGGGAGCUUCCGGUUGCGGUGGGAACCAGAUAUCGGCGGAUUAUCCGGGCAUGCCUUGAAUAUGAUGAUUCUCGGGCGGAAUACAAAAACGAAAUUGACCUUUUCGAUACUGAGACUGAGCAGGUUGACAAAUCUGGCACGUUCGAGGUCCAAAGGCAAUCCAAAGAAAGAUAUCUGGACUAUGUUGCAGAUAUCUUGACGUCUUUGAAAGAUCUGGCGGCGACUACAUCUUGA